UCCAUGUGCUCCCUUAGCAUUUUCUUCUCAUUUCUCUUUUUAUUUUGUUUGACCAAAAGAACUCAUUAUAAGCAGCUCCCCCCAUGUAUUAGCAGCUCAACAUCAACCAGAACCAUCCAAGAAUAUUUCUCUUGUUUAGAAUUUUUAAAUUUAUUUCACAACACAACCAUGAAGAAGAUCGACUUAGGGAACCACCGCGAGGUGGCUCAGCCGGACUGCAUCAAAGCUCUCAUUGUCGAAUUCAUCACCACCUUCUUCUUUGUUUUCGCCGGCGUCGGAUCCGCCAUGGCCACGGACAGCUUAAUCGGAAACACGUUAGUGGGACUUUUAGCGGUCGCGGUGGCUCAUGCAUUUGUGGUGGCGGUAAUGAUAUCUGCUGGACAUAUCUCUGGUGGCCACCUCAACCCCGCUGUUACCAUCGGCCUACUUUUCGGAGGUCACAUCAGCGUCUUCCGCGCGUUCCUCUACUGGAUUGAUCAGCUGUUGGCCUCCUCCGCAGCCUGCUUCCUCCUAAGUUACCUCACCGGAGGAAUGGGAACUCCGGUUCACACUUUGGCAAGUGGAAUAAGUUACACUCAGGGGAUCAUAUGGGAGAUCAUCUUGACAUUCUCACUUCUCUUCACUGUCUACGCCACGAUGGUGGAUCCCAAGAAAGGCUCCCUUGAUGGGCUAGGCCCACUUCUCACCGGAUUUGUCGUCGGAGCCAACAUCCUUGCCGGUGGCGCCUUCUCUGGAGCCUCAAUGAACCCGGCCAGAUCCUUUGGACCUGCUUUGGUCUCUGGGAACUGGACUGACCAUUGGGUAUAUUGGGUUGGACCGUUGAUCGGUGGUGGACUUGCUGGAUUCAUCUACGAGAACGUCCUCAUUGACCGUUCAGAUGUCCCACUCGCCGAUGACGAGCAGCCAUUCCUAAAUUGAAUACUAUAAUAAAUACUAUGCAUGUUACAAAUCUAUCAAGCUCAUUAUUGAUGAUGUAUCUUCUUCUUGGUACACUUCAAGAUGUAUCUCUUGUAAUCUUAAAUUUUAUCAAUUUCCAUUUAUCCAAAGUAUAAAACAA